UGUCAAUCAAGUUAUCAGUCACAGCUGUUGUGGAAUGAGAAAGGUCAAAGAGGAGUGCUGCUGUUCACAUUUUAACAUCUAUCCUGCUGGACUGCUAUUUUGUUUGAAAUGCCAGUGUUAAGGAAACACCCUGCUGUCAACUCCUGGCGCACCAAUGAGCUAGCUGAACCAGAUUACAUCCCCCAGAGACAUGUCUACCAGAGGACCAUAGCUGCUUUAUCUAGCGAGGAGGAUGAACACCAUGGGACCCAGGCGGAGAAGCCAGGAGAUGGAGAGAAACACUAUUACAGUAUGCUGACAGAUGAUGACCUCAUGGCAAAAUUGCUCGAGUAUGGCAUCAAAGCUGGGCCAAUAGUGGGCUCCACCAGGUCCUUGUACGAGAGAAAGCUGAGAAGGCUCCAGGCUAAACGUGGCGCCCCAAAAGUUGUAGAGACCAUUGUAAUUUCUUCUGACGAAUACAAUGAUUGGAGCGUUGGCGAUGAUGAAUCAGAGGCAAAACGGGGAGAUGAAGAGAUUGACGUGCAAAAACGCAAUGAGGAGGAGCAUGUGCCCUUUCGAAAUGGACACGUUUACCAGCAGUGUUUUAUACUUUCAUCCAGAAUGCGUUCUGUAGCCUGCACCUCAAGUGAUGCCAAUCUUUCUCACAAUCCAUCUUUGGAGAAAUGUGCUAAAUCAAUGCAGUCUGAAGGCGUCUUUACAAUACCUAAUGACAAAAGUGAACCAUUGUCAUUUAAGAAACACUCAGAAUUUGAAUCAAAGGUCUCUCAUAAAUCAGUGCAAGAUUCAAAAUGUUCUUCAGAGAACUUUAGCAUCACUGAAAUGGUUGAAAAGAUGGAAAAAAAGAUGUCUCCAAUUGCAGAGAGUGAAUCGAUGGAAAACGAUGUACCCGAGUCUUCAACUCAAUCUAAUGGGUUGGCCAUGGAUGAGGUGGAUAUGAGGCAUUCUCAAUGGUUCGCUCCCGAACGGUCCUUUUCUAACUGGGAAACAAAGAUGCACACUUCUGAGCUUACGAAAGAUGACUGGGUACAUAACAUACAGGCUGCACGCACAGUGAUAAAUGUCACUUGUCGGAGGCCCAUCAAGGGUGCAGCAGGAAGGCCCAUACAGUUUAACAACAAAAAAUCUACAUUUCACCCCACCAGUAUGGGGAGAAGAGAAAUGGACCAACAAAUGGUCCCAGUUUACAUCCAGUUUGUGAUGUUUUUAAUAGUUGCCUUUCUGCUCUUUGCUAUUGUUGAAAGCGAGCCAUUGACUCCACUUUUGGCUGUGGUGUAUAAUGCAAUGAAAGGUUUCAUCAAUGGUACUAAAGUGUCUUAAGACCUUGGUAAAUGCUUAAGGUUUCUGUUAAGUUCCUGUUGUGUUCAAACGUUUUAAAUGUGCAAUGUUUCAAUAAAGAUGAUUUGCUGCAUUGUUG